AUGAACACAGCAAAUAUUCUCUUUAUUAUUGCUCAUCACUUGACAUACAAAGAUUUGCUUUCAUUUGGCCAAGUAAAUAAAAUAUUCAACUUUGUAUCAAAAAAAGAAGACUUAUGGAAACGCGAGUGCUUGAGGGUCUUUUUUGGGAAUUAUGAUAUUUUUGGGUAAUUAAUAUGCUAUUUUUGACUGAUUUGAAAAAUUUAUUUUACUAUUUUUAUACAUAGCUAAAAUUUAAUAUAUCAGAGCAUAUAUAGCUCUGUCUUUAAAGGAGACGACUGACUUUAUAAAUCUUCUCGUGAGCCAAACUGGCGACACUUACUUAAAAAGCUUACCCAAAUUCGUCAUUCCUGGCUACUGCUUAAAGGUGACAACUUUACAUCUGAUGAUUUAGAGUUAUUGCGAUCUGAAGUUUUUCUAGCCCUCUACGAACCAUUAUUACCUCCUCCCCCACUCCGCCGAGAACCUAAAACCUUUCCUACAAUAAUUCAAGACUUAUUAGCUCACGCAUUUGAAGAGCCCAUACAAAAUGGUUUCUCACUUCCGACUGAAUCUGAAAUGAUAAUAGAAGGGGCCAUGAGCCAAAGUUUGCUUGAAGAAGUACGCUUUACAUAGAUUUGCGACACUGUCAGCAUUGAUCAAAUAGUCAUAAUUAAAUGAGGUCUGAAAGGAAAUAAAUGCAACAUAAAUAAAAGCCUGUCAAUGGGAAGUUCUGGAAAUCAAUCAACAUGCUAUUCAUCAGGAGAUUUCGGCAGCAGUCUGCUGAAUACUUAUUUCCAAAACAAAAUGAUCAAUGCAAAUCCGUUACUUAUUAGAUUGUUUUGUACGCUAAAAAAAACAAUAAAAAUUCACUGUGUGGCGAGUUGGAAUUGUUUAAAUUUAAUAGAAGAAGCCUCAGAGCUGUUAACUGAGUACUGUAUAAGGGUAAGUUUAACGUAGUGGGAUGCAUUUUGUGCAAGCAUAUACUGGAUAGACAGAAUAUUUUUCGCAUUUAGUGUCGCCAUCAAUCAAGUAUACGAUGCAAAUUGGCUGAAUGCCCCGAAGAUGCCUCCUUUUACAGUCAUGAGGCUAAUGCUAAUUAUAUGGAGAAGAAAUGUAUUCUAUAGGCUAAAAGAGCAUAUAUUAGAUUCCAUAUUCACCUUAUUGCAAAAUCAAAGGAACUUGUUAGUAAAGGAAUGCCCAUGUUUUAAAGGAGAAGUUAAUAAAGCUUCAAAAGAAGAUUCUAUAAGUGUUAUGAUGAAAGGAAUUCAGGCAGUUUUAGAUUUAUCAGUAAAUGAAUUAAAUAUUCAUUUCAUUGAUCAUUCAGGGUUUUCAGGAGAUGGAGAAUAUAAGUUUCUGGAUGAAAAGGUUUUAAAAUUGACUGAACAAUUUUACCAAGAAAUUUCAAGCUAUCCAUAUACAGCACAAGUUUAUAUUUUAGAAGAGGAUCUAAAGCUUGUCCAGAGAUCCUUUUUGCCUUGUACUUGGAUCCAGGUGCAAAAAAUGGGGCUAGAAAUCAGAAUUAACUCAAUGAAAAAUAUAUAUUACUCGGAAUAUAAACAGUUUAGACCUAUUUCCAGCACUCCAGAAGAAGGCAUUGAUCGUUACGUUUAUAGCCCUUUUGGGAAAAUGCUUUUUAAUAAUGACCAGAGCCAUGUGGCAUCAAGGAAUAUAAAAUUGUAUAUAAACCACUUAAGUAUGCGCAACCGGCUGCAAGACGUGAUUGAUUAUAAUAAUUUGGUAGGAGCUAAAUAGGAUGCUUUGUGCCAGAAACUAAAACAGCCAAAAUUAGUGGAGGAUGAAGAAAUUGAAUACCAGAAUGAACAGAUGGGCUUCAAACUUGAAAUUUCCCCAGAAGAGCAGGUUUUGUUUUCUAUUUCCAAUGAUAUUCAUCUAGGACAAUUUCUUUCUAUAGUUUCUGCUUAUAAAACUUUUGAGGGGUAG